GGAAAAUAGUUUCUAUACUGAAUCAAAUGUUAAGGAGAGUAGAAAAAACAUUUUUGAAGUUUAUGUUCACAAUAUGUUGUACGUAACAUUAUUUUAGUUUAUUUUUUUCAUAUAUACCUAUGUUGACUAUAUAAUUACAGAAUACUUUUCAUUCCCCCAUUUGUUUGAUUUACCAUAGAUUUCUAUAUAUCAAAGCAAAGGCUUUAUUUAACGUGCAACUUACACCAGAUGUUGAAUCCAAUAAGUGAAAUGAUAAUACUUUCAUGAAAUUUCACUAAAAAUAGACGUUGAGUUUUUGAAGUGAGGUUCAAAAAAACCAAACGACUGUCAGAUUGUCUGCGUUCACACAAAAUUGUAUCAUUUAACUGAAAGUUUUAAAAUAUUUUUUAUAUUAUUAACUAAUCACAGAGUAACGUAUUUCUACUACGGGAUUAUACUGAUCUUGUAUAUUGCUACUUUAACAUUUUAAGAAUAUUUCUAUUUAUUUUUAUGAGGUAAAUGAAUGUCAAUGGGUUUUUAUUUAUUUAUGAAGAUUUAGUACAACCAAAACUUACCUUAAGAGUUUGAUUCAAUGUAAAAGUAUUUAUUUUCACUUAAUUUAUUUAAAACAAUAUGCAAAGAAUUUGCACUGUUGACAUAGUCGAAAAAGAUGAAAGGUUACUGACUGACACACUGAUAGCAAAUGGUUAUCCACUAAAGUUUAUUAAUAGGUGCAAAAGUUAGUUAAUGCCAAGACCUCUUGUUUAUUCGGUUCCAAAGAAAAAAGUUUAUAUCCAUCUACUAUACAGAGAUGAAUCUAUUAGUAUAAUUUUAAGACAGAUGCUGAAAGCAGCCUAUUAUGCUGCUCAAUAGGUUGUGAUUGAAAAGUCUAAGCCCAUGGUUCCAAAUAAACCUAGGCAAUGCACAAACGAUUACGUCACAUCCGAUUGUAUUUGCCAAUUUACAGGUUUGUGCGGACACACAUACAUAGGGAGGAAUAAUCGAACAGCGCAAUCAAGUGUCAUUGAACAUGUGCCUAGAUGGCUUCAAAACCAAUUAAUAUUAAAUGAUCCGAUCAACAUGGGUGGUAGAAAAUCAUGUUCAGUGAUAGCGAAACAUAUAAUUGAAAUGGGGCACAAAAUUGACAUUAAUGCAGCUUUUAGAACGUUGUAUAGAAAUUGUCAAGGACGAAUUCUCAAGUUUAUUGAAGCCUUGGCUAUUCGUAAAUUUAAACCGCCCUUAUGUGUACAAAAUAGAUUUGUCGCAAACUUAAAUUCACCCUGGUAAUCCUCAAGUCGUUCUAUGGUCUAGGAUAACGCGACAAUUUCUUAUUCUUUCUAUACAAUGCAAAAUUGUUUCUCUCCCAUUUGUUACUUUUUACUUGAACUUUUAUUUAAUUGACCUUUAUUAAUUUUCAUAUAAAAUGCCCUGACAAGUAUAAAUGUGACCAGAUUUUUCGAAAUGUAUAGCUCAAAUACAUCACAUUUUUCAGAUUAACUCCGUCUUCUCAUUAUUCUAUCGAAAUUUAUAAAAGGGACUAAUUGUUUUAAAACAAUAUGUACAAAUCUCAUACUGAAUUGAAACGUAUUAUUCAAAAU